UAAAGCCGCCAUGAUACAUGUUCGCGACCCGUAACGCCUCUACGCGACGUACGAACGAAGAACAUCUGGAUUAGAGCCGUAGCUCGCCGUAGCUGUUGCUGUUGCACGCAAAGUCAGUGCAUAACGUAUUUUACGCGAAUAUUCGAUUCACAUGGACAAUUCCUAAUGAUCGGUAGUAUACGACACAUAUCGUGAAGUCCUUUUAAUUGAGAACUUUUUGUGUAUUUACGAAUACCCGAACGAUAGUCCGAUCCGUUGGGUUUCGGGAACACGUAACUGAUUGUUUCUUCAGAAAACAUGGCUGAAUAUCAUUUCGAUGGUGUGGUGAAAUUGUGUGUACAGAAUUAUUAAAACGAUAUCCUGCUCUUUUGAACACAUUGAACUGCCGGCAAAAUGACAUCGAUACAUUUCGCCGUGCAUCCGUUACCCGGAACAGACGAUCAACUGCAUGAUAGGUUAAAAGAAGUGGGAGAGAGGAUCAACAGAUACGGAUUUGCUACAUUACCAGCAUUUAAUGGUCUAAAGAUUGCAGUAAAACAUAUUGUUGUUGGACCAACACAUAUUGCUCUUCUUACAGAAGACUCUAAAGUUUGUAGGGUUGCAUUUACAGUAUUGUCAGAUAGAUUGGAUCUAAGUAAAAAUGAACCAAACAGAAACACAAAUAAAAGUCAUGUUGGGAAUUCAAAUUCAGCCCCAAGUGGUGGUGGAAGUAGUGGAAGCGGGGGCAGAGGCAUGUCUAGAACACGUGCUAGAAUUAUGCGUGGUAGUUCGCGAGGUGGUAGCAGCGGUGGAAGCAGUAGCGGUGGUAGGAUAGGUCCUCCGGGUGUAAUCAUGGGAGGAGGAAGUAGCAGCAGCAGUUCACGUCCCAUUGCACCAGUACCUGCACCAUUUGUGCCCGAGGAUCUUAUAUCGCAGGCUCAAGUGGUACUACAAGGAAAAAGUCGCAACCUUAUUAUUAGAGAAUUGCAGCGUACAAAUUUAGAUGUAAACUUAGCAGUAAAUAAUUUACUCUCACGGGACGACGAAGAAGGUGAUGAUGCAGAAGAUGCAGCAGAUACCUAUGUCCCCGAAGAUCUCAUAUCUUUGUUGGAUGGUGGGUUUAGUAAUGAACAUUCUGUUAUAAUCGACGCGGAUUCUAUGUUUUCUGAAGACGUGUUUGGAUAUACAGGAAUGAGAAGCCGUGGAAGUUCUUCGCGCAGAAUAGGCAAUGAUAGAGAAGGUGAUCGUACGUCAGAACGGGAUAGAGAUCGCGAUAGUUUCAGUAGAUGGAGAGAUCGUCAGUAUUGCGGACCACGCCGUUGGUUGGAAACAGCUCUCAAAGAAUCAUGGGAGAAAGAUUCUGAUAAUAAAAAGAAGGAAUUGGCUUCUCAAAGUCCUUUAUGGAUAUCAGAAGAAUUGGAAUGGUGGCAUGAACGUAGUUCGAAUCCUGCUCCCCGUUUUGUACAGAUUGCUUCACUUUACAGUGAAUUAGUUGCUGUUUCUGCCGGGGGUCAUUUAUAUCAGUGGAAGUGGUCUGAAUCAGAACCUUACAAACAUCCAGAGAAUCCAAACAUACACCAUCCGAAAGCUCCAUGGCUAGCUAUAACAUUAGAAAAGAUAGUAAAUAUAUCAGCGACUGCAAUCCGUUGUUCAAUUAGCACCGAAAGUGGUAAAGUAGCUACCUGGCUUGACGAACUUGUAGGCCAUGUUGCUUCUCGACUUGAACAUCCAGCGCAAAGAUUUACUGAAUUUACAUUGGACAAGAUAGUAUCUCUUCACACUUGUGCUCUGUACACAGUUGCUAGAUUGGAAAGUGGUACAUUAUACUGGUGGGGAGUUUUACCGUUCGCACAGCGCAAAAAAUUAUGGGAAAAGUACAAGGCUAAGUCGCGCAAACACAGGUCAUCGACUGCAUCUUCGAAUGAUAUUAGCUAUGGCACACAUGUUUGUAUGAAAAAUAGUCCUAUAUAUCAACCAGGAGCAAUAGGAUUCACAAUAGCCAACGGGGUACCAAAAGUAGGACAACUAUUAGUAGCUGCUUGGAAUUUAGAUUCGACCUGCAGAUUCAAAGUACUACCAGCUGGAACUCAUUUGCUUAAUGCUACUACAGACAAACGAGAAACAAGUGGAAACAACGGAACUGGUACUAUUACUAAGACAAAUCAUAAAGAGACCGCAGACCGUCUUGAUAUGCCUCCACCACCUUCACCAGCUUCGAGCACAUGUAGUGAUACUGGUAGCAUUACAACAAGUCACAAAAGGCAAAAACGAGUUGCACCUAGAAGCGAAGGGGAAUCCGAACGAAAAGAUGAAGAAGAAUGGCAAUUGAAGGACGUUGUUUUCGUAGAGGACGUUAAGACUGUUCCUAUUGGUAAAGUUAUAAAAGUGGAUGGCUACUAUGUUGCUGUGAAAUUCUUUUCAAAAGAUUCGAAGGAAAAAGAGAAAGAAAUUAAGGAGAAGGACUUUAGUACGUCAGACUUUAAAGAUCUGACAGCAGAAGAAUCAAUCAAAUUGUUAGCCGAUUGUCGAUUGCUGAGAAAGGACGAGCUACAAGUAAUCAAAUCAUCCAUGAAUCCAAGAGCUCCAGAUUGUUUCCAACGAACUCCUAGAAGAGUAAAUAUUGUUGAAGGAUCUACCGAUAAUAUAUUAACCAUUGCUACAGACGGACAAGGUAUUCACGCAAUAGUUAAAAAAGGAAACAAGUUGAGUUACGUGGUAUAUAAUUUGAGUACUGGCAGACACGUUCAAGAUUGCUAUAUUCCAUCGGAUAUAUCAUGUUUCUUGGGUUUACAGCCUCAAAAUAUCAGUCUUACAAACGCAGGAGAGAAUAUCGAAUGUUCUAUGAUUCUAAGAGAUGGAAAUAAUACGAUCUAUCCGUUGGUAAAAGAUUGUGCUGGUGCUAUUCGUGAUCCACACUGCUUAGAUUUAGUUCCAGUAAUUUGUAUUGGUGCUUCGACCAUUCCUAUACCAAAUUGUUCGAAUUCAACUAAUAUGAAGAACAAAGUUGCCGUUGUUGCACUAGCAUUUGAUAACCUUUUGCUUAUGCCGCGUAUACUAAGGUGCGAUUACGACAGCGUGAAACAAGUGUUCUGUAAUCUGGAACAAGACCAUAAAAACAAUGCUGCACAAAUUCAGGCAAUAUUAACCGAACGUUGCGAUGGCAAUCGCAACAUUCUACAUGCCUGUAUUAGUAUGUGUUCACCAACUUCCAAUAAAGAGAACGAUCAAGGUAUCGAACGCGAGCUGGUAACGAAUGCAGUCGACGGCGCGUCUGCACCAAUUGAGGAACCAAUACCAACCCUAAGUUGGCCACCCGAAGCUUUUGAUAACACAUCAGGAGAAGAGGAUAGUUUACUUAGCAUUGGCGCUGCCAGUAUAUCUAUGAUGAACAAAUCAGGUAAAAGUGUCGGAACUACAUCCAAUAAUACUUAUAUCAUAGACUCUGUUGAAAGAAGGAACAAUGCGUUGCUUAUAUUAAAAUACAUGUGCGAGAGCAUCGUAUUGACACCUCAUCUGAAAGAAUUACUCAUGGCGAAGGAUGCCCAAGGUCAGACACCAUUGAUGUUAGCUGUGUCGGUUCGUGCGUAUCACGCGGCUCUCAUCUUAUUAGACACUAUUCAAAGAGUUGGCAAAGAUCAAAAAGAGUGUCUCGCCAUGAUAUUACACCCUGAUGCAAAUCCGGAUUUAUCACCUUUGUUCGUUACAUGUUGUAACGACACCUGUAGUUUUACUUGGACUGGAACACAGCACAUUGACCAGAAUAUUUAUGAAUGUAGAACUUGUGGUUUAACCGGCUCCUUGUGCUGUUGCACGGAAUGUGCUCGCGUUUGUCAUCGAGGACAUGAUUGCAAAAUGAAGAUAACAUCUCCGACGGCCUAUUGCGAUUGUUGGGAGAAAUGUAAAUGUCGUGCUCUGAUCGCGGGACAUCAAAGUGCCCGUUAUCAAUUAUUAUGUCGCCUUGUAGUUAAUACCGAUCUUGCGACAAAGAUAAAUUCACGGGGAGAGUGCAUUUUAUUAUUCUUAGUGCAGACUGUAGGUAGACAAAUGAUGGAGCAAAGGCAAUGCCGGUCAGCACCUCGGCAACGAUCGACAUCCGUCAGUCGCAAAGGGACGUCUUCGGAUGGCGUGGAUGCAGAUUCGGAUAUGCCAGAGCAUGAUUUAGAACCACCCCGUUUCAGUCGAAGGGCUCUAGAAAGAUUGCUCAACGACUGGCCAGCGGUCCAGUGUAUGAUAAUGUCAGGCGUCUCUACAAACGGGAACGAUCAAUUAUUUGGAGACCAAGGACAAUUGUGUCGUCAGAGCGGCACCGCGUUGCUCGACAAGUUUACCCACUCGCUUUUGGUUAAAUGCAGCGCAGAGAUGCUCGAUACCCUCUUAACGACUUUGAUUCGAGAAAUGCAAAAUGAUUCGGUUCCAGGACGCCAAGACGAAGCGACUAAUGUUUCGCGUCGGUUCGUUCGGUCCGUAGCUCGAAUAUUUGUUAUUUUUACAAUUGAGAUGGCACCGGUAAAAAAAAGGAGGAACACCACUCAAACUUCGCAGCCGUUGAUGAAAUGUCGUAAAGUAUUCAAGGCAUUGAUCAAAUUAGCAGUCGAAGAAUUAUGCGAGACAGCCGACUCUUUGAUAGCGCCUGUGAGAUUGGGCGUAGCGCGACCAACGGCACCGUUCACGCUGACCCAUUCAGCGAUAGAAGUGAUCAACGGCUCCGAGGAGCUGUUUUCCAUAGAGCCGUUGAUACCUCAGAGCGGAGUCAGCUCCCAGGCAUUGGAUCCUACAUUACAAACACAACAAGGGAACAAUAACAUAACUAUCGCCAGAGACGUUUCUGCUAUGGAUGAGGCUGAAGGUGGUGAUGAAGGUCCUAUGGAUGUAGAUGGUGACAUAAGCGAGCACGAAGAAUCCGGAGUAUCGGGAACUGUCGCUGGGCAGCCGAUGGGCGACAUGGACAGCAAUACCGGGGGCGUGGGUGAAGAACAAGUAGGAGAUGGAGAAUCGGAUACGGAACUCGAUCUUCUCGCGGAGGCGGAGACCGAAUCAGACUCUGACGAUAAUCAUAGCAAUCAGGAUGCAGCGUCCGCUCAACGGAGUGUGCAAACCGGUGCUACAGCUGGUUCCGACGGUGGAAUGGGAUCGAUUUUAUUAUUCCCGGAGGAUGAGUCUGGCGAAUCGAGCCAGCAGGAGGAUGACGAAAGCGAAGCGGGGGAGACCGACGAGCAAGACAACGAGGAUUUUCAGAUUGGCGAUGAACAAUUGGAGAGACGAAGUGGUUCCUCCGGCCAUUUACACCGCAAUAAUCUUGCACCCGUUUCUAUGCAAUGGGCGAUACGUAAUCGCGAAACAAGUACGCGUACAGCAGGAUUACGGGUAGCAGGUGGCAGUAAUUUGGUUUUUUUUGACCCCGCGUCUAUGAGGCGUACCACUACAACGUCAACGGUUGCAGCUACACAAGAACCCAUUAUAAUGGGCACCACCACCAGUUGUUUGGCACGCGCGUUUGGCCUUGUUAUCCGACAGAUAGCCGAUCUUCUAGUUAUGAUGCAAGAUUAUAAAACGUUGGCACCAUUUUUGCCGCGGCUGAUGGAAGUUACCUACCAGGACGCGUUGAACUUACAGACGUAUCUCGAAACGCAUUUGAAACCAACAUGGGACUGGCUAUUAACGGUUAUGGAUGCUACGGAAGCACAGUUGAGAUUCGGUGUAUCCUUGACAUGUAGCGCAGAUCCUACGCAUCCGGAGCACCCAUUGAACAAUGCCCCGUCGCUCUCUGGUGGGAAUUUUACCGGGUUACUGAACACCGCGGCUUUAUCUUUGACUUUACAGUCUAAUACAGGUCGGAAUCAACGCAGUGGUAUCGCUACCAGCACCAAUAUCUCCACUCCACAAGCUUCUACAAGACUCACCGUUGGUUUUGCAGGCGUUGGUGAACCUUCCAGAAAUAGUAGAGAACGCGAAGGUAGCGAAAUACACCUGGCACGACGUGAAUUUUUGUCCUAUUGCCUGUCCUUAAUGCGUGCUCACAAUGGCGAACACAGAGACAGCCUGCCGGUGUUGGACGUUUCAUCUUUGAGACACGUAGCCUACGUAUUCGAUGCAUUAGUCUAUUAUAUGCGUUCGCUUUCGGAACCGAUGUCGGCUCGCGGGGAAACCCACAAAGGCUCGUCGAAUUACUCGAGUUGGAACGAUCAGGAUGAAAAUGACAACGACGAAGGAGAAGAAUACAAUUCUCCCGUGCCUACGGCAAUGGAAACAGACUCUGUUGAUUAUCCGGACUUGCUUCAAGUUCCUAUUUGCGGAUCAGGAAAUAACAAGGACAGCACGCCGAAAGGGCGGAAGCACCCUUUCUUACAAAGAUCAGACUCUACGUUGUGUUUGGGUUGUCCGCCUCUCGACCCGUUCGACACAGUUAUGAGCGAAGCAUUGCCAUUAGCAGAUCAACCGCAUCUAUUGCAACCUCAUUCGAGACGUGAAGAUUUAUUCGGUAUUCCAAGACAACCGGCAACAAGUUCGAAUCCUAAUCAGUACCUCUUAGCAGGCCUACCUACGAGGCUUGGUUUAUCAGCGCGUGGUACUGACAAUCAGAAUACGGUUACACCCACGCUUAGUCAAAUCAUUCAAGGACCUGCCUCGUUCGCGCCAACAGACACGAGACGCAGUUCUGUUUCGGUUGGAGAUUCUUCGUCCUCCACAAAAUAUACGGAAAAGGCAAAGUCGUUUAAUCACACGAACGAUAAUCAUUCGCUUGUCGCGGAACAAAUCGAUCGAGCACCAAUUAUAGUUUCUACUAACAACCAAAACGACGAAGCAGCGGGAAGUGCAAAAAAUGCUAAGGAUCAAUGUAAAAUAAAUAGAAGCGUUAUUGUUAGAGCUGGAACUGUUUCGGAAACGAAUACUAGUAAACCGGGUGCACCGGAAGUACUCGUCGUAUCCACCGUUGAAACCCAAAGUGUAACAGAAGAUGUUGAUCCAGCCGGUUCGAGCCAAGAAAUAUCGGCUCACGAAACUGUCGAGACUAGUCCAGUGGAAAAUGCGAGAGCCGUUUCGUCUAUCGGAUCAAAUAUAUCUCAUAACAUUUUAUUGGGUCGUUGGAGAGUGUUGCUUGAUUUGUUUGGACGCGUUUUCAUGGAGGACGUUGGAUUGGAAGUUGGUUCUGUUGUAUCCGAGUUGGGAGGUUUUUCAGUGAAAGAAGCGAAAUUUCGUAGAGAUAUGGAAAAGCUCCGCAAUACGCAACAAAGGGAUAUUACCUUAUACAAAGUUGAACGAGAUAGAACCCAACUACUGGUGCAAACAAUGAAGGAACUAAAUACACAGUAUAAUUUAUACUAUAGGCGUGCCUCUAAUACUCCUCCGUUAGCUGUUCACCGCGUUAAAGUAACAUUCAUAGAUGAACCUGGAGAAGGUUCAGGAGUUACAAGAGGUUUUUAUACAGCAAUCGCGGAGGCAUUGCUCGCGAAUGAAAAACUGCCUAAUCUCGAAGCAGCACAAGUAGGAUCAAAAUAUACACCGUACAACGUUCUGCAAAAAUUGAAAAGUAGAGAUCGCGAUCGCGACCGCGAUCGUGACCGUGACCUGAGACGACAGAAUCCACGUUCUUCUGGAAAAUGUCGAGGUACACGUAGAGGAUUGUCUUUCGAAGCUCGUUCUUUUCAUCCAUCCGGGUCCGUCGAAGGAAGUAGUAGUACUGGACCUGGGAGUUCAUCCUCCAAUUCCCAUCCAUUGCCCGUUAGUCACCCAAUCAACGAUCAUUUGACCAUGCAUCAACAACAACUCGGGGACAGACUAUAUCCGAAAGUUUACGCAUUGAGACCCAUGUUGGCCCAAAAAAUAACUGGCAUGCUUCUGGAACUAUCCCCUGCCUAUGUGUUGAUGUUGUUAGCUUCGGAGGAUGCGCUGCGACAAAAGGUCGAAGAAGCGUUCGAAUUGAUUAGCGAUUCAGCAAAUCAACAUUUACCGAACGAGGGGCUGCUGGAUUUGGAUAUGUACAGUUUGGCUGCCCGGUGGGGAGCAAAUAAGAAGAAGAUCGAGAACAGUAUUCCGGAUGACACGGAAGAUAACGCACCUUUGUUUUAUUCACCGGGGAAGAGAGGUUUUUAUACGCCGCGGCAAGGAAGAGCCAGUUACGAACGACUGAACGCAUUUAGAAACGUGGGCAGACUCAUCGGCUUGUGUCUUCUGCAAAACGAGCUGUGCCCCAUAUUUUUGAAUCGUCACGUGAUCAAAUAUAUAUUGGGAAGACCAAUACGUUUCCAUGAUCUGGCAUUCUUCGACUCUGUAAUUUACGAAAGCCUGAGGCAGCUCGUUAUCGACUCCGAGACCAAGGAUAGUAACAGUUUAUUUUCUGCUCUUGAUCUCACGUUCAGUAUUGACUUAUGCCCCGAAGAAGGAGGGGGAUCAAUCGAAUUAAUACCCAACGGUCGUGACAUAGAAGUAACAGCGUGCAACGUUUACGAUUACGUUCGAAAAUAUGCCGAAGUUCGUAUGAUUAAAGUACAAGAGAAAGCAUUACAUGCGAUGAGAGAAGGAGUGUUCGAUGUUCUUCCGGAAGGAGCGUUCGACGGCUUAACGUCCGAAGAUCUAAGACUUCUUUUGAACGGAGUCGGCGAUAUCAACGUUUCCGUUCUUAUAUCUUACACCUCGUUCAAUGACGAAUCAGGAGAAUCUGUGGAUAGAUUAGCCAAGUUUAAACGAUGGUUGUGGUCUACCGUCGAGAAAAUGUCACACACAGAACGCCAGGAUUUGGUAUACUUUUGGACAGGAUCUCCAGCAUUACCGGCGAGCGAAGACGGUUUCCAACCAAUGCCAAGUGUAACAUUACGGCCAGCAGAUGAUGCACAUCUACCAACUGCAAAUACAUGUAUCUCUCGACUAUACGUUCCAUUGUACAGCUCUCGCCACGUAUUAAGACAUAAACUACUAAUUGCUAUUAAG